AUGACAUAUUUUGAAAGAAAAGGAUGCACUGUGAAUUCAGCCCAACAGAUUGAAGAAAUAUAUAGUCAUUUCAGAAGUCAACUUAUUCAGCAGUUCUAUGUUUCAGUUCUGGGGCUUGAUGUUCUGGGAAAUCCAUAUAGCCUUGUCUCAGACUUCUCAGAAGGAUUUGGAGAUUUUUUCUAUGAGCCAUUCUUGGGUAAAAUGCAGAUUCCCGAAGAAUUUGCUGAAGGAUUAAGUUAUGGCGCUCAGAGUUUACUUGGAAAUAUUGUAGGAGGUUCUUCAGGCUCUGCCUCAUUGAUUACGUCAUCAUUAGGUGAUGUAAUGAACAUUCUCAACUUUCAAGAAGAUUACAGGAAGAAGAAACAUUACUAUAUGCAGUUGACGAGUGACUUACCUGAGACUAUCCUUCAAGCAGCAAAAUCUUUUCCCAUGGGAGUGAUUCUAGGAUGUUCAGGAGUAGUUAUGAAACCUGUUAUUGGCUUGCCACAAGAAGGAAUAGAAGGUUUCUUCAAAGGAGUAGGCAAAGGUCUUUUGGGGCUCAUUUCCAAGCCAACUGUUGGGGUAACUGACAGUUCCACUAUGGCCAUAGAAGGAAUAAGAAGAGCUGCUGAAAUGGGUGAAGAUGUGGUGAUGAGAUUAAGAUUACCCCGCUUUAUGGAUCCUUUCCAGGGUCUGAAGCCAUAUUCCUCAUACCAAGCUGUGGGCAUGCAUUUGCUCAAUUCACUAAGUAAAGGACACUAUGCAGAUUCUGAUAUAUAUUGGGCACAUGCCUCUCUCAGUAAAGAUGCCAAGAGCACUGUCUUGAUUACGAUACAGCACAUCUUCUUAGUUGAAAAAUGUCGAUUAUGGGGACCAUGGGAUGUGGAAUGGAUUAUUCGUAUUGAUGAUAUUUUGGCGGUUCCAAAAAUCACUGAAAAUCGUAUUUUGUUGAAAGUCAGACAG